AUGAGAUCAGAAAUCAAAGUAUUCGCCAUAACCACAACGUUUAUUUUUCUGUUCAUGAGUUUUGAACCAAAUAGAGCUUGUAGGCUUUUGAAUGGAGAAUUUGAAGAAACAUGGAUGAAGACCGGAAACCUUCUGUUAUCAUCUCUACAAAAAGGCCCUGUUCGGCCACCAGGAAAUGGAUGUUGUAACACAGGUAGAUGUGGUAAUCCUUGUGUCGGCUCCAAGAAGGUUGCUGGCCAUCAUGGUGGUGGUGCUCCACCGCCUCCACCACCAUCAGUGACUCAUACUCCAACUUCUACUGAUCAAUGA